CGCUCUAUUGGAUUCUGCUGAGUCAUGGAUGCUGCCUCCAUGUCGCAGCUCCGCUCUCUCUCCCCUCCCUCCCUGUCUACUUGAUGUCUGCUAUAAAAGCUGCAGUGUUUCCAUAUGCACCGCUCUCCUGCAGAGGAUUAAACCUCAUCUGAGAACUCGGACGCCCUUUGUCUGUCCUAGUGAGCUGCAGUGAAGGCCUGCAUCUGCUCUGACGUAGACGUCUUUGGGAUGACCCGUCACAAAGACCUGUUUUACAGAGCAGAGGGUGUUAUAGGGAAUACUCCAAACAUGGCUCGGAACUUGCUGAAGAAUCCCUAUGGGGAAGAACAGCUGGAAUUCUGGGAACUGAUAGUGAAUGGAGGUAACGAGUGGAAGGUGGAGGACAUGCCUGGAGACUGUGGCCAUGACUUCUGCUUGGAAGGUGUCACCAAGUACUUUGCAACGUCCUUUGAGCCUUGUAUUAAGAGACAGGUAAUCGACCUGUUGGCUGAGGGUUACUCAGAUGAUGAGCUGGAUGCUCAGCCUGCUGUCACAGCAGAGGACUGGUACUGUGGGAGGACGGACUGUGGCUGCACAUAUCAGAUGACUGUGUGUCUGUUGGACAACGAUUGUGAGCUCAUACAGGAGUUCAAAUCUGAGCCUGUGACUCUGGACCCUGAGAGCGAGGACUGCUCAUGGAGGAAGGUCACGCACACAUUUUCCAAUUAUGGCCCUGGGAUGCGUUUCAUCACGUUUGAACAUGGAGGUAAUGACACCAAGUUCUGGGAAGGUUGGUUUGGAGUGCGGGUCACAGGGAGCUCUGUUACUGUUGAAGUCUGAACAGAAAGGAAGAACCAGUGAAAAUUGCUACAGGCUGUAGAGAAGCAGAGUGAUACAGGUCUCCAGAGGCCUUAUGACUUAUACUGUACCUCACUCUAUCAAGUCUAUUGCUGUUCAAACCAAUCCUAAGAAUCCAGAAUGCUGCCUAACAAACCGUUAGAACGCUGAUAUUAGUUGCUAUAUAACCUCUGCACGGCUGUUGGGGAUUUAAUUAGGAGGCUUAUCGUUCAUACAGUAUGCGUAAAUAAACUGGAAUGUUGUAUUUACCACAGAA